UGUGGACCUUCCCUGACGUCCCUUCGCUCUAUCACCGUGAAUGGCGCGGACUGCCAUACCACGCGUAUUGCGGUGGUGAAGAUGACGGUGUCGAUGUAGCUGUACCUAGCUUGCAAUCAUGAGUAAAAUCUAAAGUUCGAAAUGUGAGAGGAACAUACCUCCAAGUACAAGUGGAAAUCAGGCGGAUAGGCGUGUUUGAAGUAGACUUCCCGACUUCUACAGCGCUCCGGCGCUAGGCCAUCAGUAACCAUGGCCAGUGGCGGACGAGCGGAAACCAAGCCACCGAUGGUGAGACGACAAAGCAGCGGACAUUGCGCCAAGGAGCUCUGGGUUCCCGACAGCGAAGCGGGCGUUUGCUCGUCAUGCCAGCAGAAGUUUAGCCUGAGCAAGCGGCGGCACCACUGCCGAUGGUGUGGCAAUGUGUUUCACGGCGAGCCAUGCGCUGUUCGGGAAGAUGGCUCUGGCGCUUGGAUGUGCAAGAAAUGUCUGGACUAUACGUCACAUCAGGACGCUCUUCGCCAAGGAGCUCACUUCAUGAUGUUGUCACCUGAUGGCAACUGGAGAGGAGUCCGCGUGUGGGUGACGGCUGGGGGCGUUAAGACACAGAUCAACUGGGAGUCAAUGAAGUCAAAGUCAAAGCCAUCGGAUCUAGUGCUGCAGCAGUCAAUGCCCUUGAGCCAUGUGUCCAGCAUAGAAUCCAUUUCAGAACAAUCAGUCAUGCAAGAUCCUAUACCGUACAUUCGGAUAAUAUCAAGCGAGGAGACGCUGGUAUUGGAAGCAUUUUCCAAGGAGGACUAUCAAAGAUGGUUUAGCGGGCUGACUGCGGCCCUGUAUGUCUGUGAACAAGAGCAGAGGCUAAUGGACACGCAGACCAAGCAGAUGGAGAACUCCUUGACCCGAUCAGGAAAGUGAUGCCUACAGAUCCAGUGAAACUGCAAGAAGUUGCAUUAUCUUUCACCAGAAGUGUGGCAGAGGUCCGAAGUCGGUCAAGUGGCUCUUAAUGAUAUUGAUAGCAUACAGUUGAAUAAUACUGCCGGACAGUUGACUUGAUGAGUAAUACAAGUAAACAUGUGAUAACUUUUAAAUACACGUCUUUGGUGUGCUUACAUAUUUUUUAAGUCUUUGAAACCAAGAUUAGAAGUUCAUGUCAUAUUUCUCUUGUACACUAACUGUUACUGUCUGGCGGAUCAUUUUAGCCUCUGGUCCUGGUAAUGGUCUUUGUUUAGCUGCAAUAAGCUUUGAAAUACAGUAGUCUCCGUUUAAAAUUAACCCUUUCUCGAUAAAAUAUUUAUCAGGUAUUUUCAGCAGAUGAAUGUGAUGUGAUUCGGCUUCCUUUU